GCUUUACAUAUUCUGAAGCGUUCGAUUAGCAGGUGAAGCGCGUGUUUUGCCAUUGACGCGGCAAUGAUAGUUUUUAGACCGAUUUAAAAAGUUUAAGCUGUAAUCGUCAAUGAGAUGGACGAUGAUCGUGAUACGCAGGAGGACGCUUGCAGCAACAGCAGCGAGCCGGAGCACACGGCCGACUCGGCGGAGGACCUCGCGCCUAACCAGACACUCCAAAGUUGGGAUGCGGCGCAAAUUUACCAGACAAUGUGUCCAGCGGAGCGGUACAUGGUGGCUAAAUUUACUUUAUCUGCAUACAUUUUCUGCUGGGCAGUGCUCAAAUUGUGCCAGGGGAUAAGAUGCCACCCAGCUCCAACACCAGCCCAGGACUCCCUUGAGGACUCUCCGCUCGACGACGGAGGACUAGAGGAGGCGGGGGCUUUCGGUGAGUCGGAUCCCCCGGAGUGGAGUGACCACGUGGCGGAGAGUUCGACCGAGGAGUACUACGACUCCUUCUCGUGGCAUAGCGAAACCUUUUCGGACAACGAGGAUUGCCUCUCAGCCCUCCUGGGGGCCGAGGACCUUUACAAGGGAUGGCACUUGGAGAACGGCCUCCAGUCGAAGGAGCGUAGGCCGCAUCAGCUCAAGAGGCGUCCCAGCGAUGCUAGAGAACCCGCAGAGACCAGCAGCACAGAGACCAGCGGCAUAGACGACGUCAACUUAGACCAGCACAGCAUAGCAACCUGCAGCCCAGACACUCCCGCAGAAAGCCUAGUAUGUACAGACAACCCCAAUACACUAAGCACAGCCUGUGAUGUCUCGAACUGUCUAGAGACCCACAUCACAAAGUCAUGUGGCUGUACCGACACAAUCGGCACAUCCAGCUCAGAGGCCUGUAGCCCAGAUACAGAGAUCUUGUCUACAAACUCACAAUGCACAGAGACAACACACAUAGACUCAUCUUGUUCAAAAACACAAGGACCUGAAACAGCACAGUCUUUUGAGACCAACUGUGCAUUUAGCACUGACAGACCCUGCAGCAUCUCUCCAAACCGUCACAACAAAGAGAAUAGCAACACUGACACACCUGUUACAGAAACCCAAAUCACAUGUACUCCCAGUCAGAGAGUUACACAUAUAGACCAGCAGCCUACCCCAGAAACAGACACAAAGCCCUGCAGCGAAACAAGCGUAUUGAGUGUCCAGUCUCAGGUGUGUGUCGGCACUACAGCAGAACAGGAUCCCCUUCGUGGGACAGAUCCGACUAUUAGAAGUACAGCAGGUCCGGAGGAGGCUGGACUUCCUCCUGCAUCGACUCCUCAUCCCCCUGACCCAGAGUGCUCUCCAUUGGAGUCCCACCCACUUGCUGACUCUCCUUCAAGUGUAAAGGCAGGGACUGAUGGGGUGGUGUUGAAAACAAGCCAACAGGAACAGCAGCAGGCUCGAACAGAGCAAGAGCCGCGGCUGGAGAAUGAUGAAGAUGUUGUUACAACCCUCCAAGUAAUAUUCGAGGUACCGGACAAAGAGGGCAUCAGUUGUGAAGAAGCCAACAACCCUUCAUCUACCUGUGACCAGAGUGUCUUGCCUAAGUGUACUGUUGAGCGUCAUCUUGAUGAGUUCAUCACCUUAGACGCAGAGUCCAAUUCAGACCUAAUUGCACAAUCUAACACUGUGAAACAGCCUGAGGAAUGUUCACCCCUCCCCCACAGCGACUGCAAGGACGCUCCCUUACAGAUUUGUGAUGUAAGGCAAUCCACUUUGUCCACCCAGGCCCAAAACGAGGGGGAGGGAAGAGAGCAGGCGUUAUCAGUGGGGGAGAGCAAAGAGAAGGAGGACGAAGAGGAGGAGGAGAAGGAGAAAAGAGGCCGCCAUGUUUACUUAAAACAGGAACAGGAUGUGGACAGCACACAGCAACCCCUAGAAUCACACUCACACGCACAAGAGCUCCCACAUCACGAAGGACAGUACGAAGAGCCAACACAACAUAAACCUACCGACAUUUCUGUUGAAGUAACUGAGGAACCAUUUUUGACACAAACUGAACCAGGUGAUAGGACAGAGGCAUGUGGAAUCCUAAAUGACCCCAACGGCCCUCGUGAAACGGAGCUUCUUCAGGCAGACAUCAUCGCCACUCUGGCCUCUGAUCUCAGGACUAUAGAGAUCACGCUGGACACCCACUCCGCCCUCUCCAAACAGGUCCAUUCACAGCUGGUGCCUCACUGCUGUGAGAAGUCCUCGCGUUCUGACUCCAACAACAACACCAAGCCCGUCGUGGCUCCCUGUGGUGUGGAGACUGCUAGCUGUAACCUCUCCCUAGAGCUUUUCACUGUGCACAGGACUGAAAGCAGCUUUGAGGACUGUGAUAAACCGCACACGCCCUCCCAAUCUCAGGCUACAGCACAAAUCACAGACUUGCCCUUGGAGAUCCCCAGCGGGGCCGUCAGCCCUGUAGAAGAGGAAGAAGAAGAGAGGAGCUCGGAAGAUCUAUUGUGCCCUCUUGAUUUUGAGCCUUAUUGGAGCAGUGAGGACUCUGCCUUGUCUGGGAUAGGAGAUGAGACUGACGUGGUGCGCUGUGAGUUCACUCUAGCUGAUGUGGAUGCACUGGUGAAAUUUCCACAGCAAGGGUAUCUUGACAGUGAGAGUCUCUCUCAUCACAUAUUUUCCUCACGGUCCCCAGAGAAUUCUGAAGACAGUAGCAGGCUAGACAGUACUGCUAACACCACCCAGGACUUUCCCCAGCCAAACCAGGAAAAUGGGGACGAUCUUGAGCCUUUAACUAGCCUUUUACUGUUAGAAAAUAACAAGGCAGAGGAGCAGGAGAGUGAAUCAUUUGAAACCAAGCCCAUAUCUGACGAUCACAGCACCAACACCAGGAACCACAGUAGUAGCAGUGAUUGUCCAGAGUUGGAUUACUGUACAAUCAGUUCAGUAACCUCUCCACAUAUUAUUCAGACUACAGUAAGGAUAGUGAGGCACCCAUACCCAGAUUCGGGCUUCAGUCUGCUGUCGGUCCCCAGCCUUGAGCCCAUUCUGGAGAUAGACCGCUCCCAGGAGAAUUCUGUGGUGGCUGAGGAUGAAGAGCUAAGUGAGUGUGAACUGCAAAAGAGAGGAGGGGUGGGAAUGAAGCCAGCUGGGGAGGAUCGAGAGGGGAGGGACGCCAUCGUCUUCUCUUCUGACAUGCCCGCCUUGUGCCUACAGGCUCCGAGUCCCUCGGACGAACCCAAAGCCGAGCUCUUCUGUCCCGAGAGGGAGCCGCACUGUGACCCCUGUGCUCCUGACGCUGACCCAGGGAGAGAAAGGCCCGCGACCCUGCAACCCGAAGACGACGUGGGCUCGGAGAGGCGCAGAAGGAGCCCCACAGCCUCGUCUCAGGACCUGGACACCACCAGCACAAAUAGCGAGGAGACGGAUGAGCUUUGCGCAGGUCACACAGGUGGGGGUGCCAGCCCACGGAAACCCUCGAAGAGCAAGGGGAAGGGCAGCCACUCGGGCAGGGGCUCCAAGUUCUCUGUCUUUGCAAAGAUGCCCUCCUUCAGGAAGGGAAAGAGCACCUCCAAGGAUGGCAAGAAGGGGCCCAGGGAGUCCUCAGACGGUGGGGUGGACCUGCUGUUUUACCGGUCGCACAGCGUGGAGCCGAGAGAUACUGAACGCGAUAACUCGGACGAUGACGUCUUCUACAAGGGCGACAUCCUCAACCACACAGUGCAGCAGGCCUUCUCUGCGUCCCAGCACGAGGGGGAGGAUGAUGAGGACCACGGGUUCUUCCCCACGGCACCCCGCACGCGGCACGUCCGCCAGCUCUACAGCCAGGGUGGGGACGAAGCCGACAAGGAAGGGAGCCCCGAGUCGGGGCACGGCAAAGCGAGCUCAGGUGGUCCAGACGCACUGAACUACAAGAGGAGUAAGAGCAGCGACAGCCUGAGCUUGCGACUGCGCUUUGCCCAGGCGCACAAGUCCCUGUCCAGUCUGUUUGAGUCCCGUGCGAUGGAUAAGGAGAGCGAGGAGCAGGCCAGUCCAAGUGGGCGGCCCGAGGGGGAGGACCCGCGGGCAGGGAAGCAGUCCUGGAGGAGACUACGGCGGGCCAAAGAAGCGGAGUUGCUGCGCCGCACCGUGUCGGUGCCGGACGGCGAGCAGCCCAAGGGUGGCACGCGGCAGGUCCACAGCGACUACGCCACACGCUCGGCCCAGGAAAGGCUCAGCACGCCGGACUCGCCCAGCAGCCCCCGCAACCUCUGCCACACUGACCCCCUCACCAAGAGGGGCCUUCAGCAGGACGUCGUCUCAGAUGACUCGCCCCAGGGGAGCAAGUCCGAGGGGCGUCGGAGGAAGGCCCCUCCCAACGGCCUGUCGAUCAGUUUCUCGGACUCGGGCCCUCCAUCCUCUGACGACUCGGAAGCCCCGCCUCACACCGACUUCAGCCCCUCGUCACCAUUGAGCCCCGGCUCGCUCGGAACCUUAGCCAUUCACAUGUCCGCACGUUCGCCGGGGACAAGCGAGAGCCCAGACAUCCCCAUACGGCCCAUGAGCCCCAAACCUCACAUGAGCCCCAGGUCAGCUAGCCAGCGGCGGAACUUCCGCUACGGCCCCGCGCGCUCCAGUGCCCUCUCGCUCAUCCUCCUGGGCCAGGGCAUGAGCGUGGAGGCGCUCUCCGAGCCUCCUGAGAGGCCCAAGACCCUGAAGCCCAAGGCAGGGCCCAUGGGCUCGCUCAGCCCCCUCAGCCCCAUGGAUCUCAUCUGCCAGCGUGAGGAUGGGGCUACGGAGGGCCAGUCUCAAAACAGCCUGCUCACAUCCAUAUCCAGUAAUGAUUUUGAGGCCUCACAAGAUGGCAGUAGACCUGCCACAAACACGCCAGCAAAGAAACUGAUGGAGAUGGUGGACACCCCGCGGCAGACCGCACGCACGCCGGGCCCCACCAGGCCAGUGUCACGGGCACAGGGCAUGGCCAGUGGGAAGGAGCGUGGGCAGGCGUUCCGCAGGCGACACUGCUGUUCGGACGACCUGUGGAUCGAGGAGGAGAAGAAUCGCAAGAGGAAGCUGGCCCACGCUGUGCGCGAGCUCCAUUCCCGGAUCCCAGAAGAGAUGGAGAAAGCCAGGGCUCGUCUCUCCUUCUCCGCCAUGGAGCCCUUCUCCGGGAUGGCCCUCCGCUCCCACUGCUUCUCCCAGAGCACCCCCAUCGGCCUGGACUGCCUGGGCUGGAGGCGACGCAUGUCCUACCCCACAGUGAUCGUGCCAGACGGCGCUACCGAGAAGGCCGCGUUUGGGGAUGAAGCAGGCAGCGAGGAGGACCUGUUUGAGGACUACCGCAGCUCCGGCCAUCGAUUCGGCCAUUCCGGAGGAGGCGGAGAGCAGCUGGCCAUAAACGAGCUGAUCAGCGAUGGCAGCGUCGUCUACGCCGAGGCGCUGUGGGACCAUGUCACCAUGGAUGACCAGGAGCUGGGCUUCAACGCCGGUGACGUCAUCGAAGUGGUAGAUGCCACCAACAAGGAGUGGUGGUGGGGCCGCAUCCUGGACAGCGAGGGCUGGUUCCCUGCCAGCUUUGUUCGGUUGCGUGUGAACCAGGAUGAGCCCAUGGAGGAGUACCUAGCGCAGCUAGAGGAGGCCCGGGAGGAGGACUGCCGGGGGGUCAGCCUGCUGUUGGGCCCCGGCCUGCCCUGCAAGGAGCAGAUGAGGACCAACGUCAUCAACGAGAUCAUGAGCACGGAGCGAGACUACAUCAAACACCUGAAGGACAUCUGCGAGGGCUACAUCAAACAGUGCCGCAAGCGAACCGACAUGUUCUCAGAGGACCAGCUGAGGACCAUAUUUGGCAACAUCGAGGAGAUUUACAGGUUUCAGAAGAAGUUCCUCAAGGGCCUGGAAAAGAAGUUCAACAAAGAGGAGCCCCACCUCAGUGAGAUCGGCUCAUGUUUCCUCGAGCACCAAACAGAUUUCCAGAUCUACUCGGAGUACUGCAACAACCACCCCAACGCCUGCCUCCAGCUCUCCAAGCUCAUGAAGGUCAACAAGUAUGUGUUCUUCUUUGAGGCGUGCCGACUGCUUCAGAAGAUGAUUGACAUCUCUCUGGACGGCUUCCUGCUCACGCCCGUGCAGAAGAUCUGCAAGUACCCUCUGCAGCUGGCCGAGCUGCUCAAGUACACCAACCCUCAGCACAGGGACUAUGCGGAUGUGGAGGCUGCCCUAAAUGCCAUGAAGAACGUGGCGAGACUUAUUAAUGAGAGAAAACGCCGUCUGGAGAACGUGGACAAAAUUGCCCAGUGGCAGAGCUCCAUAGAAGACUGGGAGGGUGAAGAUGUCCUCACUAGAAGUUCAGAUCUGAUUUUCUCAGGGGAGCUGACGAAGAUCUCACAGCCACAAGGAAAGAGCCAGCAGCGCAUGUUUUUCCUGUUCGAUCAUCAGAUGGUCUACUGCAAGAAGGACCUCCUACGUAGAGACAUGCUUUACUACAAGGGCCGUAUGGACAUGGACCAGAUGGAGGUGCUGGACGUGGAGGACGGCAAGGACAAGGACUUCAACGUGAGCGUGAAGAACGCCCUGAAGCUGCGCUCGCCCGGCGGGGACGAAGUCCACCUGCUGUGCGCCAAGAAGCCCGAGCAGAAGCAGCGCUGGCUGCGUGCCCUCGCCGACGAGCGCACUCAGGUGCAGCACGACAGAGAAACAGGCUUCUCCAUCACUGAAGUCCAGAAGAAACAGGCCAUGUUGAAUGCCAGCAAAAGCCAUCCCAGUGGGAAACCCAAAGCGGUGACCCGACCCUACUACGACUUCCUGCUGCGGCAGAAGCACCCGUCGCUGCCCUCUGCUGUGCCCCAGCAGCAGGUCUUCAUGCUGGCUGAGCCCAAGCGCAAGACCUCCAACUUCUGGCAGAACAUCGGCAGACUGACGCCUUUCAAGAAGUGAAGUCAGGAUGGAGAGAGCAAAGAAGGAGAGAGAGAGAGAGAGAGUGGAGAGCUCACUUAGCUCGUGCCUGAACUUAACCGUACAUUUUAUCCUCCUUUUCUGGUUUGCUACAUUUAGUUGGGUUUCGUUUUUUCGUUCGUUCGCUCAUGUCAUUCUUCCAAAUAAAUGACCAACUGUUGCUGCGAUACCGAGGAUGAAGAGGACAGUAAUGGUGACGUUGUUUGUGAUGACGAAGAAGAUGAUGAUGAUGAUUAUGUCUAAUUUUAUGUUGUUGAGAAAGCACUUUAUAGGUUGGUUACAAUCAGACAUGGACAUAGACUGCGUGUAUACUCUGGGAGAGCUUACCCUGGAGGCUGUCGCUCCUCUCUAUGAACUAUGAACAGCAUGAAUGGGUACUAAUACUACUAUGGCUGCCAGACUCUACGUGGACUCGACAGCAGCCCUAUCUUUGACAGAUACUAGACUGACAAACAUUUCUUUACUUUUACCGUUUCCGCUUGUUUGUUUGUUGGUUUGUUUGUUUGUUUUGUGUCAACAGUUGCCAAUAUUGUUCACAGUGCCAGAGACAUUUGCUUUUUUUUUUAUUUAAGUUUGUUCUUAUGUCAGCUGUGGAAAAAAAGGUUAAAAAGGGGCAUCAUGAUCAGUGUAAUUAUUUCAUUUCCGGAACAUUUGCACCACGUCUGGUACCAUCUGAUUUCUAUUAGCCACACGGAUAGUGAUGUAGAUGGCAGUCUAUAAAAUCCAAAGAUGAUACUAAAUCUGAGAACACAUGGCUUGGUGACUUGGUGCGGAUCAAACCCAUCAUCUCUUACUGUCUGCAUUUCCUUCUCUGUCAUCUGCACCUCCUUUAGCCUUUUUCUCUGAGUGCCCUCUGCCUAUUAUUACUAGUACUAUUACUAUGAUUAUUAUUAUUACUGUUACUAUUAUUAUUAUUAUUAUUAUUAUUAUUAUUAUAACUUCGUUUUGGAAGUGCCAUUUUGAAGUGUCUCCUGGAUCGUAUAGCUAUGCAUGGACUGCUUUUCAACAAAGCGUGUUAUCCAAACAUGACUCUCCCAAACUCUUGGCCCAGGGCCGCUUCUCCUAGCGCUGCUGAACACAAAGAAGCGGAAAAACAGAAAGAAAUAUGAUUGGUGCAGCCGUUUCUGCGCGGUCGCGUGCAGAACACACAAAUGUCUUUAAAAGGUAAAUGUGUGAUUUGGCACUUCUAUUCCCCUUAAGCCAUGGUUAACAGGACACAUGGUCUGAAUGGAUGAUGGGGUUUUUUUCCAGAGAAAAUGCUUAAUGUGACAAAAACCGGCAGCAGCCUGGGAAUAAUAGCCGAAUGUCUGAAUACCAUGUACAUUUUUGUCCUCCUUAUGCUAUACCAGAGAGGAAUGUGCCUGCUUUGGAAUACUGAUAGUGCUUAUCUUUUUUUAAGGGGAGGUAUAAUGUCUGCAUCACUCCUCCCUCAUAGAACCCCGUUUCCCUGGAGACAGAAAUCUCUUAUUGAGCAUCACUCCCUGAUGAAUACGCGCUCUGCUGCCGCCACAAAUCAAACGAUGUUUGUUGUGACAGACACACAAGAUUUUCAAGAAAAAAAAACAAAAGGAAACAAAACGAACUGCUGCUUUGUUGCUGGCUCUUGACAAUGCGAAUGGAGAGAGACUCUUGAAGAAGUUAAGGAAACUAGGUUAGGUGGACCUCAAGCCCAUAACCAUGUUUGAUGCUCUGAUUUUUGUGAAGCAGAAUAUAUAUAUUUUAAUCAGCAGUGCGCUUACAGUCAAGGUUCGGGACUAUUGCAUUUCCACUCAGACUAAGACUAGGCCCAUUCUCAGUUCCUCUUAAUAUCGAUGUAAAUCAUCUUGGGUUUUCUCCAUUCUUCUCUUGUAAGUGCAGUCAAUUACACACCAUAUGAAACAAGUCUGUAUAUUCUGUAAUCACCCCCUCUACUAUUCCAAGUGUACUGAACUGCCGCUUGUGCAAAACAAAAUGGAUGAUAUCUUUUGAAUAGGUCAUAAAACUGAAAUUGCUUGUGCAUUCUUGUGGGGAAUAUAAAAUGGAUUCUUUUUUCAGUUUGCCCAUAAGCUGUCGAGUAGGAUGACCCGUGAAGGCCACACCAGUGCUGAUCCCAGAUCUGUGUAUUGGGAGUGUUGAAUGUGCAAAUAGGGCCUGCUCUGCACAGACAGAGCUGAGAGACAAAGCCAAGCCUGAGGUGAAAUUAGUUUUUGCUUGUUUUUUGAUGGGAUGUUUUUUUGUCCCUGGUUUUCUUCCCUUCCAAGCUGUGAGCCUUUGUAAUUGUAUUCCCCUUGGGAACACUAUUGCUGCCAAAAAACAAGACAGCCCAAAAUGGGAACAGGUGUGUGUGUGUGUGAGAGAGAGAGAGAGUUUGUGUGUGUAAUGAUGGCAUCAACCAUGAAUAUCAAAAAGAAGGCUCCGACUAUAAUGACUAAACUCCCCACUGACACCCUUGCUGCUGCAAACAGGAAGACCACCCCUCUGGUCAUCACAAGAGUUUCCAAAAGCUCUCACUCAUCCCUCUGUUCUCUGUCACCAGCGAUCUGCGUUGUCCCUGUGUGUACAAAGUCAAUCAUGUGUGCAACACCUUUACCUCUUUGUGUCACGCUUCACCUCUGCUUGUGGUCCUGCAGUCGACAGGGUCUGUGAAGCCAUUUGCCCAGAUCAAAUGGCUUCAUUUGUGGACACUAUUUGUGAGCCGUACCCCUUUCAUUUCCUUCUUUUAUACUGACGUCACCUGCUUCUGUUGUGGCUACAUUCUGCCCCCUAGUGGAGAACAUGUUUAUGGUAGCUCCUUUCCAUUUUACUGCUUUUUGUUAAAAAAAAAAAAAAAAAAAAAAAAAAAACGAUGGCUCACCAUGUUGUAUAAUUGGUUUUCAAACCAUUUUGUGUGACCUGCUCCCCGCCCCCUAAGACCUGGACUGGGUCAGACCGAGAUACAAGUUUUUCACUGAAACCUUUCCUGAUGAUAAAGUCUGGGCAGUCAAAUCCCUUCAUCUGAAGGUUCUGGUUCAGCAUUCAGCAGAGCAGUGAUCUUGAAAUUAUAUUUCAGUGAAAAUUGGCACAAAAAUAUGUUAAACCCUCACCAUUGGAGAACAGCAUUUUUUCAGAAUGUCUCUACGGUGGUCAUUGGUCGAGCAUGUAAAGGCAUUUUUUAAACUCAUACAUUUUUGUCUCAUUUGAGAUUAAAACCAUCUACUUCUUCAAGCCUAUAAGUAAUCGUUUACCUGUUUCUACAUUCAAAUAAUGCUAUUUUGCUUAAUACAUGACUGUAACUGAUCUACAAUGCGAAAAAAAAAAAAAAAAAACACUGAAAAGUAUGAGAAUGCCAAUUACUGCCUGUUGCAGUGUACCCCUGAGUGGAGUUUGGCACUUGUGAAAAUGUAAGUAUAGUUUGUUUAAAUUACAAAACAGAGAUAAAAGACCGUGUUUGUACAUAAUAUUUGUAUGUGUAUGGUUGUUUACAUAUGCACUCAAAAAUAAUGGGGAAAUAAAACCAUUUAAACUGUUUAAGAA